UAUUUAAUAAGUUGAAAUAAAAAAAUUUAAAAUAAGAAAAAACAUAAAUAAUUUAGUAAGUAAGAACAAAAACAUGUCAACAUGAAGAAGCAGUUUUAUAGAGUUCGCCAACUUGCAGAUCAACGUGUUGGAAGAGCUGAGAAGACCGACCUUCUUACAGAAGAUCUGCAGCAUGUUGAAAAAGCAAUCGACAAAAUCAAACAUGCUUGCUCAAAUACUAAUAAGAAAUUAAUAACAUGUAUGCAGGGGAUCGGCGAUCCUGAUAAAAAAAAAAAAAAGUUAAAUCAACUUCAAUUGGGGUUAACUAUGUUAGAAAGUGCUGAAGUUCUUGGUGAAGGUACUUUAUUAAGUUCAGUGUUAUCUGCAGCUGGUGAAGCCCAAUCUGCUUUAGCUGGUGAACUAGCUUCCUGCGAAGCUGAAAUUGACAAUCAAGUUCUUGCUCCGUUACAAAAAAUGCUUGAGGUUGAUGGUCCAAAUAUUGUUUCUACAAAAAAAAAACUUGCAAAAGCUUGUUUGGAUAUGGAUGCUAGUAAAACAAGAUGGUUAAAUGCAAUCAAGCUUACACAUAGUGCAAAAACAAAUGUAAAUGAAGCAUUGGCUAAAGCGGAACUUUUAAAAGAUGAACUAGAGGAAGCCACUUUACUUUUUCAAAGUCUUCAAGAUAGUUUAGCUACUGACAUGUUUACUUUUGUUGCUGGAGAACAAAGUUACGCCCAGACUAUUGUCCAGCUUUUAGAAUCACAAAUGCGAUAUCAUGAAGCAUCUCUCAAAAUACUUCAACAGUGUGUUCCCAAAGUCAAACAACAGCUAGAGUCAUCAAUAUGCAGGCCAGUAUUUGGGUGUCCGUUGGAGACUCAUUUGAAAGUAACAGAGCGAGAAAUUGCUGUUGUGAUUGAAGAAUGUGUUUUGUUUUUGUUGGAAUCGGGGAUGGAUGUUGAAGGUUUGUUUAGACUUGCUGGUAGUGUUUCAAAAGUAAAGAAGCUAAAGGCAACAUUUGAUGCAGGUGUUGGUGGUUUAGAAGAUUUUCCAUUUGAAGUUCAUGUAGUAACAGCUGUACUAAAACUAUAUUUGCGAGAGUUGCCAGAACCAUUACUCGGGUUUAAUCUAUAUGACGAGUGGAUAAAUGCAACCAACAUAAGAGACCAUGAUCAAAAACUGAAUGCACUUUGGGUUGUUUUGCAACAGCUUCCUGAAGCAAACAAAAACAAUUUAAGAUAUUUGAUAUGUUUCUUAUCAAAGUUAGCAGAAAAUUCAGAAGUUAAUAAAAUGAAAUCCAGCAAUAUUGCAAUUGUUGUAGGGCCAAAUUUAUUAUGGAACAAUCUUGAAGGAGGUAUAACAAUCCAACAUACACCUAACAUAUCACAAAUUACAGAGUUACUUAUUGACAACUGUUCUUGGUUUUUUCCUGAAGGAUGCAAUUUUGUUCGUCAACAGAUACCUGAUGACAAACUUGAAGCAUUGAACAACAGGUAUAACUCUGAUAAUGAUGUAUCUGUGGCUAGCAGCAAUGAAACAAAAAAACACAGAAAAACUAGCGCUCCAGAAUGUCAAAAUCAAGCCGCCAUGCAGGGUUACUAUAAUCCUUUAGCCUCACAGUUUGAUAUUGAUCUUGAGAAGAUAGACCUUGAAUCAAAUAAUGAUGAAAAAUCUACACCUGCAGUCAUUCCUCAUCUAAACAAAAGCCAGAGUUUAUGUAUUGUAUCAAAUGAAGAUAAAGGGCAUCGACGUUUACCAAGUAAUGGUGCAGCUCCUCGCCGUCCAGCACCUCCAGUUCCUACUGCUCCAAAAAAAGUUCCAUCCGAAGGUCCUCCAAAACACAAGCCACCAGAUAUACCAGUUUCUCCUACUAUGCGAAAUCCACAGUUAAAAUCUGACAAUCCAUCAAAGCCUACUCUUUCCGCUCUUGCUGAUCGUCGGAAUUUAGAAGACAAAAUGGAAACUUUACCAAUCGACUAGCUAAACGUUUAUAGUUUAUGUAAAUAAACGAAAGCCUGGA